AUGCUGCGUACCUCUUCGGAGCUGGUUGAUGCAUUUGAACCCUAUAUUUCCCACAAUUAUAUCGAUUCAUCCAAGUCUGCUCGCACAGGAUAUCUCACUGACGGUAAACAGCAUGGGUUAUUGCAAGAAUCAGCUAGAGAACUUGCUGAUAGUUCAACAGGCCAUCAGACUAUGGAAAUCCUCCAUGAGCAGCGGAGAUGA